AUGGCGGAUUCUGGUGGAAAUGAACCGUCUAGAGCGAGUAAUGCUCUGUUUAAACGCCAAGAGCAACUACAACGUUGGAAGCAAAGCGAGACAGCCCGGGAGCCUAUAGUCAAGCCCACGAAACGAAAUAAAUUGAAAUUCGACGAUGGUACGGUCUUUUUAUCCGCCGUUUCUGCGGGCGACUUGGACGAAGUCCGAAAACUCUUGCAAAAGGGCUCGGACGUAAACUAUCAAAAUAUCGACGGAGUUACGGCGUUACAUCAGGUGGGAGCACUCGAAAAUAUAGCAGGCAGUGUAUUUUUGCUAUAUCUGAUAGUACAAUGGCUGUAUGUUCGCGAGAAAUGCUCACAGACAAUACGAGUUUGCGAUGAUAAAUUGCUAUGGGCGACAGAAUACAUUUGUAUUAUAGUUAAAGACUGCUUGUUGGAAAACGGUUUUGUGGUGGAUUUACAACGCCGAUUCUUCGCUGGGAUGAUGGAUAUUUAUGUGGAGAAUAGCCCUUCGUGUGACAUGGAUAAUUUGGGGCGAUUUUGCGGGCAAUAUAUGAGCGAAUUCUAUACCAUAUGACAGCGACGUUGCGACAAGUUUACAAAAAUAUUUUUAUUACACCGACUUGUUCACGCCUAAAACUCACUCCUGUCUCUGUUCCUAGCCACAAGUUCGCUUUAUAAAACCCCCGAAUAGCUGCAUUUGUAUAAGUAGUAACUUAAAUACGCCAAACCGGCAUUUUAUAGUAAAAAUUCGAGAUUAGGGUACGAAUUUUCCUCGACCCAAAUGUACAUUUUUACAUCGGAGCCGAGUUUUAAUUAUAUACAUUAACACUAUGCGAAUUUUUGAAUUUCCAAAGCAACGUACACGGGAUUAUUUUUUGUAUUUUUAACACGACUUUUGCCCGUUUUAGGCGUGCAUCGACGAGAAUGAUGAGCUAGUGGAACUUCUAGUACAACACAAAGCUGAUCUAGAGGUUCGCGACAAUGAAGGCUGGAGUGCUUUGCACGCAGCGGCCAGCUCAGGGAAUUUGGACGUCACCGAGUGAGUUUUUCUUGUAUUCUAACCAAAAUCAAGCGAUAUACAACCCCGGCCGCUCUUCUAUAGGUACAUCUACAAGUUCCCCCGCGUAAUCCGGUAAAAAGCAACGAAAUUCUUGCAAAAAUCACCUCCAAAACAUAUGUCCAGAGUUGUUUAGUAGUUUCGAUUUUGAAAUGUACAACCUGAAAUUGUAACAUUCAUGAUAAUAUGGAAUCGGUAUUAUUAAAUUGAAGUGCAUUCUCUAUGUGGAUCGUAUUACAAAACACGUUUUACAGGCCAGUUUUCUAUGGAUUUAGUUUGUAAAUGCCUGGGAAAGUUUAUUUCUGUUUGGUGGUGUUUUUUUUCCGGUUUCCGAUAUUGUUUACAUGUAAUAAUCUCGGCUAGUCGUUUUGUACAUAUUACAUUUUGGUAAUUAUAGCCUUUCCCAAAAAAGUCCAGCGAAGGGCUUAGCUGUCAGGUCCGCAAAAUGCCAAUUAUUUUUUAAUAUAGUACUUUUUGAUCAAUGUAUUUUCAGGGAUUAAGUCACCAUCGCAGCUUUUGUGAUUACAAUGGGGACUUUGCAUAGGUAAAUUUCAAGUUUUGAAUGAUUUGUAAGAAAUGUUUCGGGCUUAGAAAUCCUUCAAAACUUUCAAUAUACCCAUGCAAAGUUACCACUGUCAUCACAGAAACUUUGGCAGCAUAAACCAUGGUUUAAAAUGCAUCGCAAACCAACUGAUUCCAGAAUGUCUGCCUUUUUCUAUGCUGUAUUUGUAAUUUUAAUUAGCUUUAAAUUUCAAAAUUAAAAAUUACAAUUUGUUAGUCAUUGCAUUAGUGCAUAACUCAAGCAUGAACUUCUGCUCCUAGUAACCAGGUAUGAUUAAGCAAACAUAGGCUUUAAAAUUCUUUUACACGGCCAUCUAACAAAAUGUCUCAUGACCUUGGGUCGGACAUUUGCAUGGUGAUGUCCGAUGACCUUCAGUUCAGUUUGGCUCCGAAAUAAGUCAGAAUGACACAAAUUCAUAUCAGAACAAUGUAUUUUCUGAACGGUAAAAUGUUGUAAAUGUAUUAAGUAAUUUGUGUCAUUUACACUUAUUUCCAAGCCAAAAACUUGCUUCCCAAUAAGACAGCAGUAUGACGUCGACUUCACCAUUUUGCUUGCCGUCCCGCACUCAUUACAUUAAAACAACAUUUCUGGUUUGCUUUUUAUACACUACUCCGAUUCUCCAUUCAACAUACGAGGCUCUAGUCCUGGACUAGCGUACAUUUUGAUUGACGUUGGACAAAGUUACAGUUAGGUCGGACACCGAUACACUCGGGUCGGACAAACAAUAAACCUCAGUUUCACUUAGGUCGGAGGUUUCCUCUCUACGUCAGACAAUUCACAAAUGGGUUGGACAAUGUGUGUGUCCGACCGAUACUUUAAGGCGUUUCCAUAUGUGCAGUACCUUACUUAUUCUUGCAUUUGUGUAAAAAAAAAACAAGAUUGGGAGAUUUAAUUUACAAAGCGACAGAUUUUCGCAUGUUUGUGCUUUUUCUGCUUCUAUUGCAAUUUUGAUUAACUUUAAUUGCAUAAUUUAAACUAAAUCCACCAGCUUUCACAUUAGCGCAUAGUUGAAGAAUGAACAGCUGCUCCUAGUAACCAGGUAUUGUCAUUCUGGAUUUUGUCCGCUGUUGUUUGCGGUUUUGAUUAGCUUUGACAUAUUAAAUAUUAAAAUUAAAAUUCAUUAGUGUUCGCAUUAGCACAUAGCUAGAAUGAACUUCUGCUUCUAUAGUAACCGGGUAUCACUAAACUCAAACAUUGUUUUUCCUGUUGUAACGCUGGAUGAAUAAGGGAUGACGCAAUUCCUUUUUGACCCAGUUUUACUAAAAGGAGAAAAAGCCAUCUUGUCUAUGGCAUAUUGGUUGGGUAAUAUUAACCCGUUCACCGCCAGCGCUCUCCCCUUGGUGAGUGUAAUCGUCUGGCAGUAGACAUAGUAAAAAAUAAAGUAGGGCGCAUUGAUAUGCAAUGCAACUCAAUGGGCUAAAGACCUUGAUAUCUAGAUAAUUGGGAUGCAAUGUUCCCAUAGUAAAUGUGUCUGCUUUAGACACUUAGAAUAGAACGUUAAUAACAGUAGAAUUUUUUGUUUUGCAUAAUGCGUCUCAAGUUUGUGUUGUGAGAAUAAAGCCUGCCGCACACAAGAGCUUUCGGCUGAGCUAAUCGCCACGCGUGGCAACAGCUUAGUUAAAAGCUCUCAUGUGUACAUGGUUUUCGCUGCAGAAUUUGACACACAAGACUGUGAGGAAAAAUUCUAUUGUGUUCGAUUAUUUUGCCCACACGAAGCAAGGAUCACACCGUGUGUGGACGUUGUGAGUUUUAAGCUCAGCCGUUAAUAUGUAGAAGCUCAUAAAAGCACAUAAGUUUUUCACGUGGUACAUGAUAUAUUUGCCUAUUUUGACAGAGCAAAGUCAAAUAUUAGCUUAGCACUUUACAUUAUGUUUGCGACAAAUGCUCUUAAUUGUGUGUGCGGCCGGUUUAAAGCUCUCUCAUGUCAGCUCGAUGACAGGGCCGGCUCAAGAUUUGAAUUUCUUACUAGUAUCCACAUAACCUGAGAUCAGGUUCUAUUUUAUAAAUAUAGCCUGACACAAACCUUAAUCCGAUUGCUUUCCGCCCACAGCAAUGUUUAUAUUUAAUAUCCAAUCAAAAUGUCGCAGGAGAAAUUUAAUUUUCACACCAUGACAACAAGAAUCUAAUUAUUAUAGUUGUGAUCACUAUAAAAUAUAUCUUCAACAAUAGUAUAAUCUCAUUAGCACCAACCAAUCAAAUGACAGAUAAAAAAUAUUUUGUCUCGUGGACCAAUCAGAUUUACAACCAAAAUACGGUUGUAAGGCAUGGACUUUUGUUAAGGUUUGUAUCAGGCCUAUUUAUUUAUUUAUAGGCCUGAUCGCAGGUUAGUAUCCACAUGGAUACUAGCACCUUAAUAUCUGCUGUCCCUCUUUGAAAUUUAGUAUCCCAGAUUUGCAUAGUAGAUACUCUGAUUAGCAAGGAAAUUAUCUACUGUAAUGUCUUGGCUGUUUGUAGUGUCCCUAGUUUAUCAUGACCAACUUGUAUUAAAAAAACCAUAGGACUAACCCAUAGAUGCUGGGCCAAAACUCGAUCAGUGACCACAAAUACACAGAAUAAGAACCAAAAUGCCAAAAAAAGCUUUGUUGUCGAACAUUUUGCCAUAAUGUACAGACUUCGGAUUUUGGAUUGGAAACUCAAAAUUUUUAUAGCAUCCCGUUGGCAUACGAAGCCUAUUGAUGAUUUUCAAUAUCCAAAAUUGAAAUCUGUUAUCUAGUGGAUAUCAGGAUACUGCAAAUCUUGAGCCCAGGUGGACAGGGGGUCGUUAACUUUUUUGCGUGCCUGCACCGACACAAACUAUUUGAAAAUGUGCCUGCACAAUGUCUUCAUGUAACAUGUGAAAUCACAACGUAAAGAGCCAUCAGCCAUGAAUUAGUAUAGAUGCCGAUUAGUAGGUAGGGCCGUAGGCUGGCUUAUGAGUUAUAUGGCUUUAUAUAUUUUUGGCCCAAGAAAUCAGGAAUUUUAAGCUCAGAGCCUCAGACUCACAAUCAUACAUGUGCACCGUGGACUUUCUCAAGAAAUUUUAACUUGUCAGUGUCCCUAUAUCAACAAAGAUUUUAAUAGACUAAUAGUAACAGAUAGUAAAAUACAUAAUAAAAUAAGAAUUACAAAAUUUAUUUUAUAACUUCUGGUUUCAAAAGUUUUACAAAAUGUGCCUGCAAGAAUGUUGUUUCUCAAAAAUGUGCCUGCGACUGUUGGUCCCAGUGGUUCCCACUUUAAUGAUCCUGGCCGGUGGACAUGAACCUAGUUCAGAAUGAUUGGCGCUGAUUAUUCUUUUUUCCUGAAACAGAUUCCUAGUUGAGCAUGGGGCGGACAUUGCAGCUGUCAACAAUGAAGGGGAACUUCCGUUGGAUCUUGCCGAAGAAGACGAGAUGGACGAAUAUCUUCAAGACCAACUACGUAAAGCUAGUGAGUAAAUAUAGGUUACCAUUCAGGGUUCAAAACUUCAAAUUAACAGCAGCGAGCAUUUCGACAACUUAAGCCCAUUUUCCACUUCACCAUUCCACUUGCCGUACACUAAAACAACAUUUCCAGUUCACUUUUUAUAUAUUACUAUGAUUCUUCAUUUAACAUACGAGCCUCUAGUCCUGGACUAGGGUAAAUUUUGAUUGACGUUGGACAAAGAUACAGUUAGGUCGGACACCAAUUCACUCGGGUCGGACAAACAAUUCUUGCAUUUCAUAUGACGUCACAAAAGUGACAGGGGGUAAACUCUAAGACAAAACCCAGUUAUCAGAGUGAGUCGAUUGUUCGUUUUAUGUAUUAGCCUUGUGUUUGGUGUCAAAUACAUGGAAUUUCGUAUCAUUUUCUCACUCCAGUAGAGCAUAUAAGCAUCAAUACAUUUGAGAUUGACACCCGUCAGAUUCACUGCAUAAUGCUGUAGUUAAACCCAAGAAACCGGUGGAUUCCUCUCUACGUCAGACCAUUUCACGAAUGGGUUGGACAAUGUCUGUGACCGACCAGUAUUUUAAGUCCUGGUAAAAUUGUUGUGUGGUCCAUGUUGUACCUCUGGUCGUGCACAGUACGUAAUACAUGUUUGAAUUAUAGAUGUUGAUGUUGAGGCAGCGAGGGCUGAGGAAGAGAGGAUCAUGGAAGAAGACGCGCAGUCGUGGCUCAACAAGGGCCACAUAGAUGAAGUCAAAGACCCGAAAACAGGCGAGUGUCAAACAUUGGAGGUUUUGUAUAGUUACUUUGAACAAGGCCAGACUUAG